GGAAAGGGUUUGAGGAUGAAACCAUGAAGGGUGAGAAGGCUGAUGCUAUCAUCGCAGCCAUGCGUAAGGAGACGGCAGCAAAGGAACAAAGGAAGAAGAAAGCAGCAGCAGCAGCAGCAGCAAACAGCUCGAGUUCAGAUGAAGAGCAUGAGGCUCCAAAGGCCAAGAGCUCCAAAGAGCCAGACGUCAAGGUGAACAGUAAGAAGGAGCAGAAAGGGGAGACGCUGAAGCAACCAGAUGAUGAUGAGGAACCACGGAAGAGAAAGGGGGAUGCAGAAAGAAAGACUGGACCCAGAAAGGCUCAGAAGCAAGAACCAAAGGAGAAGUCGGAGAAGCCAAAGGAAAGCAAGAAGAGAAAUGAGGAAAAGGAGAAGGAAGAAGCAAGACAGAAGGAAGAGGAAGAGAGAGAAGCGGCAGCGAAGAUGAAAGCAGCCAAAGAGGAGAGUGAGAAGGAACACAGAGGCAAUGCCAAGUCUAAGGCUAAGAAGGCAAAAGCAGAGAAGGUACAGGCAGAGAAGGCAAAGGCAGAACAGAAGGCAAAAGAAGACGCAGAAAAGGCAGCAAAAGAGAUUGCAAAGAAGGAGAAGGAACAGAAGGCACAGGCAGAGAAAGCAAUGAAAGCAAAGGCAGAGAAAGAGAAGGAGAAGCUGGCUUUGGAAGAUGCAAAGAACAUGAAGCCUGUGAGCUUGCUGAAAAAGAAAGAGGCAACCGAGAGUGAAGACGAAGAAGAAGAAGACAGCAACAGCAAUGACAGCGAAGGUUCCAGCGAAGGCGAAAGUGAGGAGGAAGCAAGCCAACUUGAAAGCGAUUCAGACCAUGAAGAAGAAAGCCAGGAGAAGAGCUCAGACAAUGAAGAGGUAUCAGAAGGAGGCAGUGAAGAUGAAGAUCAGGAGGAGGAAGAAGAGGAGGAGGGCAGUGUCUCAGAAAGUAGCCAGGGUGAGACAAACAGCGAAGGUGAGGACAGCGAUGGGAAGGGUGAGAUGGGAAGCGAAGAGGAGAGUGGUGAGAAGGAGACCAAAGUUGACACGGGUGUCAAGAGAAAGCUGUGUGAGGAAGAGAGCAAAGCUCCGAGCGAGGCAACUGAAAAAACGAAGGGUGAGAAGAAAAGAGAGAAGAAGGAGGCAAAAAAAGAGGCCAAGAAGGCAUUGAAAGAUGCAGAGAAAAGCCUUGCAAAGAAGGGCAUCAAAGUCAAGAACAGCACCAAGUUUCGAAAGGAGUGGCAGGCUUUCACAAGAUACUUGAAGAACCCGACCCGUUGCCCAGCAAAGGUCAUAGCAGCUUGCAAGAACAAGGAGACCAGGCACCAGCUGUUCCAGGACUAUGUCGAGACCAAUCGGGAUACCGCCCAGGUGGAGGCCCGUUUUGAGGCCCGAUUGGAAGAAACCCAAAGGACCCAGAUUCGUUAUGGAUUCAGGAAUGACCAAUGGUUAAUCAAGCACCAUGGAGAGCGAAAAGCUACAAAGAUCAUGGCUCGCAAACGCGAACUUGGAUUGACCAUUCCGGAUCCUGAAUUCCCUGGGGACGAAGAUGAAAAACUCUUCUUUGUCAUGGUGGAGCUGAACAUGGAUGACAUCCGAGAGCUACGCCGUGUGACCCAGAUAGAGAUGCAGGGAUCACUGGAUGCUGAUGGUGUCAAGGCUUUCGUGGAAGCUGGAGGCUGCUUGGACGGAAAGCAGCAUCUUUCUAUCGAAGGGCUUUCUGGUGCCACUGGCAUGAAGACUCUUGCAAAUGCAAUUGGAACUGCUGCUCCGUCUGGGGAUGCUGAAAAGAAACCAGGAAAGGGCGGCAAGGGUAAGAAGAAUAAGAAGGAAGGGGAGAAAGAGACUACUCCUCCCAAGGUGGUGGUGCCUGACACACCGAUAUCGGAAGCGCAGGGCCUGCUUGCGAGGGUGCUGAAGGAUGCCAACAACUGUCGGGACCAUGCAUUCAAGCUGCGGCCCCUGGCUCUCUCUUCUGAUCUGAUCGAUCAGCUCAAAGCGUGCGCAGUGAAACUUGGGCACCAAGCUGAUGCACUCCAAAAUCUCAUCAGCAAAGGUAAGAACAAGAAUAAAAACUACGCAGAUCUCAUUGCUGAGGUGGAGGACAUCACCAAGCAUGCCAAGGAGAGAGUGGAUCUUGCGAAGGCACUGAUCAGAGCAUCUGAGAAGCCUGCCAAAUCUAGAUCUAGGUCAAAUAGGGAAGCAGCUGGCAGUGAGAAGGAGGCGGCAAAGGAAGCGACAACUGCUCCCGACCCUGCCCAUGCUUAGUUUCACACUUUUGUGAUUUCAAGUUGUGGCACAUGCCUAUAUAGCUGGAGUAGGGCCACGAUGUUGGUCAGUUCAGCCAUUAAGGGGUUGAAGUGAUGCACAAAAGGGG